AGAGAGAGAGAGAGAGAGAGAGAGAGCGUCGUGAGAACAGAACUGAGGAGAUGAGAUGGCCGAACGACGCUGGACCGCGAGACUGGCAUUCAUUGGCAUCAUAUUGACUCUGACGAGCUGCGACACUGUUCCCUGGCAGGAGGAGAAGCUAAAACAUGCAGCAACCACACUGAGCUCCAGUGAACUGAGCAGUGUCAUAUCUCAUACCGAUCUGGACCGAAUGUGGCAGAAAGACCUGAAGACUAUGCUUGUUGUGCGGUACCCUGGUUCAACCGGAAGCCAACAAGUUCGGGAGCAUAUUAAAUCAACCCUCGGCUCGAUGAACGCCGGGUGGGAAGUGACAGAGGACGCCUUCUAUUCUCAUACUCCUUACGGCCAACUUCCCUUUACCAACAUAAUUGCUACUCUCAACCCUGCUGCAAAACGUCAGUUGGUGCUGGGCUGCCACUUAGACUCCAAAUACUACCCUCCACAAUGGGACGGCCGUGAGUUCCUCGGAGCAACGGAUUCUGCUGUCCCCUGCUCAAUGAUGUUGGAAUUGGCAAGAGCCCAAGAUGACGAACUAAAGACCCUGAAGGACUCUGGGUCAGAUCUGUCUCUGCAGCUGUUCUUCUUUGAUGGAGAGGAGGCUCUGUAUCAGUGGACCUCUGAAGACUCUCUGUACGGAUCUCGUCACCUAGCCAACAAAAUGGCGACGACACCACAUCCACCAGAAGCCACCAACACUAGCCAGCUCGACAGCAUUGAUCUGUUUGUUCUGCUGGACUUGAUUGGAGGUCCUAAUCCUCGCUUUGGUAAUCAGUUCUCUAGUACGACCCGAUGGCUUUCCAAACUGCAAAAAAUUGAGCGUCGGCUGCAUGCGCUCGGUCACCUAGAGAAUCACCCUAAUGAGGUGCAGUACUUCUGGCCUGGCCUACAUGUGGGUCUAAUUCUGGAUGACCACAUACCAUUCCACAACCAAGGGGUCCGGAUUCUUCAUCUCAUCACGACUCCUUUCCCUGCGGUGUGGCACACUUUCGAUGACAACGAGGAUAACUUGGAUCGUACCUCCAUCGGCAAUCUCAACAAGAUCCUGCAGGUGUUUGUUCUUGAGUACCUCAACAAGAAAAGCCAGAACCCUAUCGCUGAAAAAAGCACUUAAUCUUUCCAAAGCAGACCAUCAGUACCUGACUCGGUAUACAGGGUUCACUGUGGGUUUUUUGCCCCUGUCCCUGUGCAACAAAAGACCAGGACAUGACGGCAAAACGAAAUACUUACAAAUUUUGGUACUCAGUAUAUCUUAUAUCAUACAUAUUAGAAUUUAUUGUAGCCUUAUACUGUGUAGCCUUUUUGACUUUUGACAAAUGUAAACAGAUUUAUGAAUCAACAAACAUAUGUGUAAAGAACAACCCGAUCUCACGACCAAGUCGUACGAAUUCGACGAAUGAUUAAAAAGUGGCUAAUUCGUAACAAUUCAUACGACCUCACUCGUACGAAUUAAUACGGUUUUGAUAAAUCGUACAUAUUUUACGAAUUGGCCAAUUCGUAUGAAUUCGUACGAAUGACCUACCCCUUACACCGCCCCUAAACCUAACCAUCACGUGGGUUUAGACAAAUCGUACGAAUUAGUACGAGUGAGGUCGUACGAAUUAGACACUUUUUAAUCAUGCGUUGAAUUCGUACGAAUUAGUCGUGAGAUCGCGUUGGUAAAGAAUCACAGUGUUUCAUUCUGCGAGCUGCUGCUGUCGUCAUGUGUUCCAGGUGUCAAUGUGUUCCAGUGAGAUCCGAAAUGUUAUUUUAAACACGUAUCCAUUUUAAAUAGCUGAAUAUAAAGCAGAACAGCUUAAUAAACAGUUCACAAAGCAGUGGUAAAACCA